GUCCCAACCUGUGUCGGUGCCAUCAGAGUUUGAUCGAUCUCCCCCCAUUUUUCACUGACUCACUGCCCUUUCCAGCAGAGCUUGCAUCAUAGACUAGCUACAGCAUCCCUCGAUUUUGCCCUCCUGACCAGCACCCGGAGAACUGUCAGCACUAGCCCAGCACACAUCACUCUCACUAUUCCAACGACCCCCACUCACUUGUGCUGAAAACAGCAGUUUAUUAAUUUGUCGGUAUUCCUUCCGUCGGUCAAUCGACUUCCCGGCUUAGCUCCGUUGGAUUACGCGCUUUAAUUAUUAAGCCUUAAACCAUCCGCGUUUGAUCAACAAGCAACCAAGCCUCGAUGGAGGCAAUGGCAGUCAUUCCAACUAAGCUAACCCUGAACACAGGCUUCGGCGCCGCCAAAUCGUCUGUGGCUCUUCGUCAGCGCACCAGACAAGUACGCCUCGUGACAAUUAUCGCUUCGCCGAAAAGCUCGCCAAAAUUCGUCUGUGCCCUUUCAGGCGCCGAGUCGCACGACAACGUCCUCUCCUCCACCACCUUCGCGUUCCAACCGUCUUCCGAAUCCUCCAAGCGACGCGCUCCACCGGGAGCGGUGGCUUCUGAGAAUUUCGUCGAGGUCGGCGGAGGCGGUCCGUUCAGCGGACACGGACCAAGCGGUAAAGGCGGCGGAGGCGGAGGCGGAGGCGGCGGCGAUGGCAACAGCGGCGGAGGCGGCGACAACGAGGGGAACCGAUCCGAUUCUCUCGCGGUGCUGGCUGCUCUUGGAAAGAGCAUCGAGUCUAUUCCUAAGGAGCUCGCUGAUGCAGUCUUGGCUGGUCGAGUCCCCGGCGCGAUCAUGGAGCGGUUUACCGAGAUGGAGAAGUCCGCUAUCCUGGGGCGUCUGGUGCGCGUGUCGGGAUUCCAAGAACGCCUCUUGGCCGACGACCUUUUCUUCCUUAAAGUCUUCUUCGAGUGUGGCGUCGGAAUGUUUACCAAGACCCUUGCUGAGUACGAUCGCCGAAAGGAGAACUUCAUGAAGGAAAUCAACUUCGUGGUCGCCGACAUCGUCAUGGCGCUGUUCGCGGACUUCAUGCUGGUCUACCUGCCUGCGCCCACCAUUGCGCUGCGCGCUCCUGCCAUCAUCAAGGGCAACAGGAUCGCGGCGUUCUUCGCGCGUUGCCCUGACAAUGCCUUCCAGAUGGCGCUGGGCGGAGCUAAGUACAACCUGUUGCAGCGGGCAGGCUGUGUGGUGAGAAAUGGUGGGAAGCUGAUGGCUGUUGGAACCGUGUCAUCUCUGAUUGGUACAGCUGUCACAAAUGCCCUGGUUGCUGCUGGCAACAAGAAGGAGGCGGCUGCAACUGGAAAGGAGGUAGUGAAGGGCCAAGGAGAGCUUCCUCUAGUUGCAACAAGUGUGGCCUAUGGUGCCUACAUGGCUGUUUCCAGUAACUUGAGAUAUCAAAUACUUGCGGGAGUGGUUGAGCAGCGCAUGCUGGAUCCUCUUCUUCGCAACCACAAAAUCGCCCUGUCUGCUGCCUCUUUCUGUAUUCGGACCCUCAACACAUAUCUCGGCUCCCUUCUGUGGGUGGACUAUGCUCGCUGGGUGGGAGUCCAGUCCCAUGAGGCUGAGCCUCAAGCAGCCUAACUUUCUGGCGCUACACUAUGCACCAACGUUGCUUGUAGAGUAGAGGUACUAAGAUUUUGUAGCAUGAGGGGUUCUGAUUUCGCUGGUUUCAGAGUAUAGAUGCUCGCCUGGUUUUUUUGUCGUGGCUGUGUGUUUCGCGUUGCCACGCUUCGAUCCCUGGUUCAAUGCGUGUAUGUGUGUUUGUGUGCAAGCUUCCAUAUGAAAGAAUA